AUGGAGGUCUAUGUAGACGACAUGGUAGCAAAAACACCUAUGCAGGGGUCACACUGCGACGACCUAGUAGAAAUCUUCAAACAACUCCGAGCAUAUAACAUGAGACUCAAUCCAGACAAAUGCGCGUUCGGAGUACAAGGAGGGAAGUUCCUCGGGUUCAUGUUGACAUCUCGAGGCAUCGAGGCCAACCCGGAAAAAUGCAAAGCCAUACUAAACAUGACAAGCCCAAAAACGGUAAAGGAAGUCCAACAACUUGCAGGAAGAAUAGCUGCUCUAUCACGCUUCCUACCAGCAGUAGCAAGCCGAUCUUAUAACUUUUUCCAGACAUUUUCUAAAGGCAGAAAAUUCACCUGGACUGACGAAUGUGAGAACGCUUUUACCGAACUUAAACAACACCUCACAUCACCACCAAUCCUCCAAAGGCCAGAGACAGAAACAAGGUACCCGAAGAUAGAACAACUGGCGCUGGCACUAAUCACCACAGCAAGGAGAUUACGGCACUACUUCCAAAGCCACACAAUCAUAGUGCGAACAGACCAACCGCUAAGACAAAUACUAACCAGACCCGAGCUCGCCGACAGAUUAAUAAAAUGGUCGGUCGAGCUCUCCGAGUUCGACAUUCAAUACGAAUCAAGAAAAACACUGAAGUCACAAAUGCUAGCCGACUUCAUAUCAGAAAUGACCAAUGACACACAUAAUACAGAGGUCAGGUGGAGCAUACAUGUAGAUGGAGCAUCCAACAAGGAAGGCAGCGGAGCGGGGAUACUACUCAAGGAAGGAAACAAAGUGGUGGCGAGCAAUCAACUGCAGUUCCGCUUCAACGCAAGCAACAAUCAGGCGGAGUACGAAGCCCUACUCGCUGGACUAAAGCUCGCCUUACAACUACAAAUACCUCGGAUAACAGCCUACUGCGACUCUUCAUUAGUGGUACAUCAAAUAAAGGGCGAAUUCCAGGUAAAAGAUCCUUUGUUAGAGAAAUAUUGGCUCGUAACAAAGGAUCUAAUUUCAAAAUUUAAAGAAUUUAAUAUUAUCCAUGUAAACCGAGAACAAAACACCAGGGCCGAUGUGUUAUCUAAGUUAGCCACAACUCGGCAAGCCGAAAACACAUCGGCACUGUCCCAGCUAACACUCGACAAACCAAGUUUUGAGCAGGAUACAAUUUUGAGCAUUACACAGGUCCCAGAUUGGCGAAUACCUUUCCUCAAUUAUAUAAACACAGGCACCAUACCAAAUAACGAACCAAACUUGCCCCUCUUUCGAAGAAGAUCAAGCUUCUAUACAGUGCUCCGAAACACCCUAUACAGGCGAGGAUAUUCACAACCACUGCUCAAGUGCAUCAGCAAAGAGGAAGCCGAGGAGGUUAUGGCCGAAACACAUGAAGGAGCCUGUGGCAACCAUAUUGGCGGCCGAGCACUAGCAGCAAAAAUCUUGCGAACAGGUUACUAUUGGCCGACGAUAAAACAGGACUGCAUCACAAAGGUCAAAGCAUGUGAUAAUUGUCAAAAGCACGCCACCCUCUCAGAGACUCCGGCCGAGGAGCUCCAUACCACAGAGGUAAGCUGGCCUUUCGAUAGGUGGGGAUUAGACAUCCUCGGACCCUUUCCGAAAGCGCCAGGCCAGGUAAAGUUCCUCUUAGUGUCAAUUGACUAUUUCUCUAAGUGGAUAGAGGCACAACCACUAGCCCACAUAACAGCAGAAAAAGUGCGAUCUUUUCUAUGGAAAAAUAUCAUAUGCAGAUUCGGUAUUCCAAGAGAAGUAAUCUCGGAUAACGGAAGACAAUUUACAGACCAUAAGCUCGCCACUUUUCUGACACACUUCAACAUCAAACAUCACUUCAGCUCAGUUGAGCACCCACAAACUAACGGACAAGUUGAAUCAGCUAACAGAAUUAUCUUGCAGGGAUUAAAGAAAAAGCUCGGGCAAGCUAAAGGAGAAUGGGCCGACCUCAUCCCCGAAAUCCUAUGGGGCUACAACACCAGCAUUCAAUCUGCCACAGGGGAAACUCCCUUCAAAUUGGUAUAUGGCGCAGAAGCGCUCAUUCCAGUAGAAGUCAGCGUCCCAACGUUAAGAACCGAGCUCUAUGAUCAACCAAAUAAUCAACAAGCUCGGUUAGCCGAAUUGGACCUCAUAGAAGAAGACAGAGACAUCUCCACCAUAAAGCAGCGGGCCAGAAAACGAUACCUAGAGCAAAGACACCACAAAAGAGUAGCUCACAGGUCAUUCAACAAUGGAGACCUUGUACUCAGACGAACAGAAGAUGCACGGAAACCACCAGCACAUGGCAAAUUAGCAGCAAAUUGGGAGGGACCCUUCCGAGUCCUUCAAAACCUCGGAAAGGGGGCUUACAAACUAGAAACCCUUAGAGGAGAACAACUUCCAGGAACAUGGAACGUCUCUUCUCUAAAGAAAUAUCAGUCUUGA